AUGACUGACGACGACGAGCACCGUCAGCUCUAUCACAGUAGCCAGGCAUACCACCAACAUCAGCCUCAGUGUCAAUCCCAACAAUCGCAUCAGUUGUACCCACAGGCACUCGACCUCGACCUCGACACAUCUUUUGACGACCUCACCUGCGAUUCGAACUUAUCGAGUAUAUCAUCUUCGCCGCUCUCGACUCAGUCCUUCCUCUCCUCCCACUACUCCUUAGCGAACCAGCCUACCAACGUCUCCGACUGUAGCACAUCUAACUUGGCCGUGCCAAGAGCGGCUACUACUACCACGGCUUUCGACAGCUCCUCUUUGAGCCUGAACUACCAGCAAGAUCUCAUGCAGCCAGACGCUUGGGUAAUAGGAAACCAGUACGCCCCCAAGCCGGUUGGUCGAUUGCCUCAUCAGCGGGAGUCUUCUCUUUCUUCUCUGGGCUCUGCUGGCCCUGCCUCGCCUUUCAGCCAUAACACAACGAACCCCCAGAUUGCAGUCACGGACUCGAUACCAGACGGCCUAUACGACAUGCAGACCCACGAUAACAACGCCUUCUAUCAACUGGCAAGCAAGUCCAUGGCGGUUCCCCACGACAACAUGUACCCGAAUUAUAACGGUUUAAACAUCUCGUCGGACAUGAGCGGCUACGCAUCUGCCACGAAUGUCCAAAGACCCCGCUCUGAUCGCGGUCUACUACCCGCUCCCGAGCUGUUAGUAGCGGGCAACAGAUCACACCCCAACUCGGUGGCAAGUUCUGUCGCUGGUGACUCACCCGCCACCCCGUCGCAUGUCGAGCAAGAAGAUGACAGGAGGCGCAAAGCUGUCUUCAGUAAUGUCCCCAAGUUGGAUCGCACAAUGACAGACAUUUAUAACGACGAGCUUUACAGCCCGAACUUCACAAUCACAUCGGCGUCGCCAGCACAACCACAGAUGGCAGUAUCUCCCAGUAAUGAUGUGUUCGCCCAAAGGCUAAGUGCUGCCAACAAUCAGCACUUGAGCGCGGCACAUUCUCCUGCGUCGAGUGUGUCACGCGAUCGGUCUCCAUUUCGCCAGGGCUCACCACUCGCCCCGGUUACCAACCACGAUUUCGGCGCUGGUAUGCAAGCCUCUCAUUUGAGAUUCAAUUCGGCACAUCGCAUGCGGGAACAAAAGAAGGCUGAACAAGACGCUCAGAUGAUGAGACAGCAAAUGUCCAUGAAGUCUGAGCCCGAGACUCCCAAAACUAUAUCCCCCAAAGAUGCUAUGCUUGAGUUUCACGAUACCGAUGGCGAUUCAUCAUUUCCAUUGUUUCCUCAAGAACCCGCCGAGUUUGAAGAUAUUGCAAAGGCUGUCGCCUCCCAGGAUUCACAGGCCAGCUUUGCCCGGUCGUCUGUGCACAACGGACCUGCUUUUCCUUAUAUGCCUGCUCAGUUGCAAACUGGUAUUCAUAUCCCUCAGCAAUAUCCGUUCAUAGCCCACCCGCGCCAGACCCAUGCCCAGGAUCACGUUCCGCGCUUGAGCUCUGUUGAGUCUAGUUCUGGAGGGUCGGAGGGGACAUCAAUUUCGAAUGGCGUACCCAUGUCCAAGCCGGCUGGCGCUGCCGCAGACGGAGGCACAUACACGUGCACGUAUCACGGCUGCACGAUGCGCUUUGAGACACCUGCUCUUCUUCAAAAGCACAAACGAGAGGGACAUCGCCAGACACAAGGAAUCGGGGGUCCUCGGAGACCCGACACUGCGGCUGCGUCCCCCGAUAACAUGUUGAACAGCCAAGCCGGACCUCACCGCUGUGACCGCAUCAAUCCGAGUACUGGCAAGCCAUGCCAUACAAUAUUCUCGCGCCCCUACGACUUGACAAGGCAUGAGGACACAAUCCACAACGCACGGAAGCAAAAGGUCCGUUGUAACCUGUGCACCGAGGAGAAGACAUUCAGCCGCGCAGACGCACUUACACGCCACUACCGUGUCUGUCAUCCCGACGUUGAAUUUCCCGGAAAGCAUCGACGUCGCGGCCAGAAUGCCUAA